AUGUCCGAAUGGUUUGAUAAGCGGAGAGGGCUUGCCUUCGGAAUUGUUUGGGCGGGAUCCGGGCUGUCUGGGGUGCUUAUCCCUCUCGCCCUGGAAAAGUUUUUGGGACAAUAUGGAUUCCGAACAACUUUGAGGAUAUUUUCAGUGCUGAUAUUCGUGCUCGCGGCUCCAUUCCUCUAUUUCCACAAGUCACGCCUACCCGUUUCGAGAGAAGUCAAAUACGAUCGGCUCAACGCCCGCUUCCUGUGCAGUCGAGUGUCAAUCAUCUACCAGCUUGGUAAUAUUGCAGAGGCACUUGGAUUUUUCCUCCCUGCGAUUUAUCUUCCAACACUUGCACGCACGCUCGGAGCCUCGGACUUUCUGGCCUCGCUUACGGUGACUGCUCUGAACCUGGCAUCUGUAUUCGGAAGUGUGUCCAUGGGAUUUCUAUCUGAUCGAUGCCACACACUUACGUGUAUCUCGAUCUCUACGGCAGGCACUGUCUUAUCAAUUUUCCUCAUAUGGGGCUUCUCCACCACUAUCCCGGUUCUUAUAGUGUUUGGCGUUGCAUACGGAGUUUUUGCAGGAAGCUAUUCUGCAAUUUGGUCCGGUAUGAUUCGCGAAAUCCAGAAAGACACUCCAGGCGCAGAUGCAACCAUCAUAUUCUCAACUAUCGCGUUUGGGCGCGGGGUCGGCAAUGUUGUCAGCGGUCCCUUCAGCGAGGCCUUGCUCCAAGCGGAUAGCUGGCAGGGGCAUGCAUUGGGUGCGUACGGUAGUGGGUUUGGGCUUCUCAUUGUCUGUACAGGCCUAACUGCCGUUCUGGGUGGAGUAUCCUUGAUGGCACGCUGCUUAAGAUGUAUAUAA